GCACAUACAUUUGGGAUUUUGCGUGUAGCACAGUAGAAUAGGACUGCAGUUUGACCAAAGAAAAAGUCGAUUAACACGAAGAACUCUCGAGGUAGUUGACGAGCCUGUAGUGUACAAAAUACAAAAAACUAAAAGGAAAAACCGAGUCUGAAGCAAAACAAUCACAGUUACAAGAAAACCAACCGACCCUUCCUCCUCCUCCUCCUCCUCCUCUGCUCUGCAAGUCACUGCUUCUCCUCUGCAGUAGGGUUUUGACCAGGUUUGACUAAAACUUGAUUGCAUAGAAAUGGAGGGGGAUGAUCAUGGAAGGAGAGCUUCAUCUUCUGCAAAACCAUCGCGUUUGUCCCCUUUAGCUGAGCCCUUUUCGUCGAACCGCUCCAAUACUGCCCUUCCCCCCUUGCAUACAUUGACUUCAGUUGACCCCUGUGCUUCCAUGCCCAAACUCUUGUCUGGUAUCAACUUGGAAGAUGAUCCAUUUCAAUUGGCGUCUGUAUUUUCCCAUGAUCUCUGUGAUUUUGGUGAGAAUUCUUGUUUUUCGGAUUACCCAUCUGUGAAUGCUAGCUCGGAUUUUGGUUUUAUACCCUCUGCCGCGAAUGAGUCCCUACUCGAUUACACAGAGCAUUCAUCAUUUGGGCACAGCCAAGCCAGUCUCUCCAGUAACAAGAGUGCUGCAUUGGCUUACAAAACUUUGCUUGAACUAGGAAAACCUGCUGUUACGGGAUCGAAGCCCUAUGUUGACAAUUCUGAAAUUGUUCGUGGAAAAUUUAGUGAUUUGAAUAUUGGAAGAGACAAUCAAUUAGAUGCUGGAUUAUUCUCUUUUUCAGCAGUUAAUUCAGCUAAAUCUCCGGCUUUCCAUUCACCUAAACAUAAUGCUUUUCCAGCUGUGGUCCUUGAGCCGUCAAAUACCAGCACAACAGUUUCUCCCUUGUAUCCUGUAUUGUCAAAGAAUGUGGAUUUUAAAGGCAAUUGUUCUGUGAACAAUUAUAUGGAUCUUCAUCACCUACUCUCUGGUGAAGGCAAAGGGAUCCACCGUGAUGAAAGUCCCAUUGAUAAAGGAAACGAAGGGAGGGCUGACAAAGCUCUUUCUAGUGAGGGUAUUGGUUCAUUACUAUCGGAAAAAUCCGAUCCACUAAUUACUUUGACCAAUACUUCUGAUGAUUUCAGCUUGGAACAUCUUGGAGUCAAAGAAGAUGUUUCUCUUGUGAGAAAAUUAGAUGAGAAUGACUCUGAUUUGGACUCACCUUGUUGGAAAGGAACCUUGGCUUCUUGGCAAUCCCCAUUUGGAGUUUCAAGAUCGAGUUCAGACUCUGUUGAAAAUGAACAAGAAACGCGUAAUAGUUUGAAUCCACUGGCACCACAAUUUUUUCCUCGUCAUGCUAAAACAGUAGUAAAUUAUCAUGUAAGUGAGUGCGUAGGAGAUGAUUUCUCAUCUUUCCAAAAGAGUGACUCUUCAGCUGUUGUUUCAUUCUCCAAAGGGCAUGAACCAGUUGAUGAAUCAGGAUCAAAGUCUUCCAUAUCGGUUUAUGGAAUUGCCGAUCAGCCUUCCAAUGACAACCAUCAAGUGGAAAGCGCUUAUGCCCUGCCUAACUCAGAAUGUGGCUCUGUGCUUAAUGCAUCUGUGGGACCAUCCAUGUUGCUGUCUACUCGUCCAAAAAUAGAUGUCCCAACAAUACUUAAUGUGAUGCAUGAAAUGUCAGAAAUGCUUGUACAAAAUUGUGCAAAUGAUUUAGAUUCACUGAACGAAUAUACGCCUGAUGUGAUCCAGCAUAUAAUCAAUAAUCUUUCCAUGUGCAUCCAACCGAGGGCUGGAGGAAAGACUCCAAUCUCUGAUAUAACUCUUAUGAGCACUCCAUACUGUCCUAAUAAAUCAACAGAGCUCCAACAGUGCUCAAACUCGGGGUUUCAAGUAACAAGGACAAAUGCUUUGGCUGCUCUGCAUGAGCUUGAUUACCAGAACUGCUACAAGGGGCGCAAGGUUAAUUCUCAUGUUUUUACUGAGAGAACGUUGGAUUCCUGUCCUUCACGUUGUGGCAUUGACACUGAGAAGAGCAAUGACAUCAUUCAAAUGCAGGUUAUGGGCAACAUGUCGAGAGGCAAUCGUCUGAACAGUGAAGAGUUAGAUCCAGAAGCUCUAGUAUAUAAAAAAUUAUGGCUCGAGGCUGAAGCAGAAUUACGUUCCCUGAAGUAUGAAACUUGUGUCUUAUACACGCAAGUGGAAAUGGGCGGCCGCAAAUUAGACAAAUAUAAGGUGAGCUUCUUCCUUUCCGUCCUGUCUUUCCGUUUUUGGUUUAAUUUUGUUAUUUUCUGCUGUUUCAGGUGUCAGGCAAGCUAUUAGCAAGAGACAUACACUAGCUCUAUAUGUUUUAUCCUCAUGCUACCGGAAGGGGCUGCUGGUGUUAGAAGCUAAAGACUCUUCACCUGUACAAAUCGUACUCGGGAUGCAGUAUAUCAUAGUACUACUUGUUAUAGAGUGACUUACAUUUCACGUUCGCACCUUUAAAACGUGAAAUGGAGAGAUUCUAUGUGGGUCAUGUAAACUUCGAAUUUUAAUUACAGGUUUUGCUCUAUGAAUAUUGAUAUUAUCAAUUUCGAAUUUCAAUUGGUUGAUAA